UCCAUGGUUUCGCUCCCUCACAGCUAUGGCCGCAAAUGUGUGUCGUAGGGCUUCGGUCACGUGACAGGGCCUCUGCCCAAUCCCCGCUCGCUCCGGGGAGCACUUCCGGUGGCGUUUCCUGUCAGUGUUUGUAAACUGAGGAAAAAUUGGAAGUGCGACAAAAAAUAAUAAUCCACAAAACUCCAAAGAUCCAAAGGCUUUGGCCCCAGAUGAUUUGGGUGGGUGUGGUCUCUUCUGUUACCCCUCAUCCUAAGUGAAGCCCCCUUCUGUUCCCACAAACACACACGCAUUCAAACCACGACGAUGACACACCAUUCUAACAACUCUGUUCGAGACCAUAUGAAAUGGGCUGGGUUGCUGGGCUGCGAGGCGGUGCUGUCCAGCAUGGCCCUGAUGCAAGCCAACAACAUCCCAGGCCAGAAGAGGAUGAUGUCACAGUUGGGUCAAGGGCACAGGUCCAGUCCUGAUAGCCACCAAAGCCACUCGCAGCACAGCCACAACCACCAUGGACACCAGGUGCACCAUGGUCAAGCCCACCACAGCAACAUGGGUCAUCCUUCAGCCGGGAGCUGUCCACCCCUGCUGAUACGAAAAGACGGCGAUUAUCACUCCUCAAGAAUGAUGGAUGGGAAGGACAUGCAAGCAAACCAGAAUAUGCAACCCAAGAAGAAGCACAAGAAAUCAUCCAGCAAAGUGAAAGUGGAGCAUUUAAUUCCACAAAUCGACAUGAGCGAUGACAGUUCUUUGAAAGUCCAAAAGAACUUCAUCUGUGACCACUGCUAUGGAGCUUUCCGGAGCAGUUACCACCUCAAGCGACACAUUCUUACUCAUACAGGAGAGAAGCCAUUUGCUUGUGAUGCGUGCGACAUGCGUUUCAUUCAGCGCUACCACCUGGACAGACACAAGAGGGUGCACAGCGGAGAGAAGCCGUACCAGUGCGACCGCUGCCAUCAGAACUUCUCGCGGACGGACCGGCUGCUGAGACACCGGCGCCUAUGUACGGUGGGGGGGAGCAAAGACGACAGCCAGUUCUCCCAGGAUGCAUCCGCCCACCCCGCUUCCUGGAGCCCGCUACAGCCUUCCAACAACCGCCUGACUGUCUGACCCUGCGCUCCCCACAGAGACCCUACGGACGAGAAAACAGCAGCCUGCAGCUCAGUAAUGUCACCCGUUAGAGCUCAACAGUACUGUCAGCUGAAAACAGCGUUGCUUAAUCACAACCAAACUUUAUUUUGCUCUCGCCAGCUCGUCACCAGAGCUCGAUAAUGGAUUUUUAUAUUUUUUUAAUCUACUGUAACAUUUACGAACCCAGAAAAAAAAAGGGGAAGGACUAAUUCAUGAUUUUGGACAACAGGUCUUGGUACUUUGGCAAUAACUGAAUUAAAAAUGCACACGUCUCCUUUUAGCUGAAAGGUUGCAGGUAUUUUUUUUUUUGGUAUUGCUUCGGAGGGAAAUAUUUUUGACUGUUGGCUGUCAAUCCUGUUGACCCGCAAACAACCGCAGUGCUGACCUCUACUCCGUGAAGGACGCGCAUACAGAGCUGUGUAGCUUCUCGGCAUUCGAGUUCUUCUCAUUUUGUGCUACUAAUUCUGUACCAGCUAAUACUAAUAAGAGAAAGGUCCUAUUCAAUACUAAAGGUGUGUGUGUAAUCACAUCUGAAAUUAAAUUUAAUGUAAUUUUUUACAACAGAAAAUUUAAAGAUGAAUCCUGCUUAUUAUAGGGUAAAAUGCAAGUGGUGUUUCAUUUUUGCUUCAUGUAGAAGAUCACUUUUUUAAGAAAUGGAUUUCAAAUGAUUUGUUAAAUGCUUUUUGGAGGCUGUAAAAACUGGAUCACAGAUGCAACCCUGUUGUUGAUGUGUACAAACACACUAAAGUUAACUAGAUGCUCCUGAAAUGUAAAAUGUUCAACCACUGUUGGCAUUAGUUAUGUUGUGUAGCGGCUGUUGGCUUUCAUCCUCACUGUUCUACCUUGUUUUAAAGGGGUUUGUCCUGACUGUCUACGUGUUACUCUGUUCAAAUGCAGGUUUUGUAGGGGGAUUUGUUUUUUGAUGUCCUUGGAAAAAAAAGUUACCGAGCUUCUUUAUUCUUUUUUUUAAUGACUGGAUGUAGAAACCGACUGUGUUGAAGAAAUUAGAAAUGACGGUGCCUCUGUAACAGCCCUUUCAAUAUAAAUGAAAUGUGUUCACUGUC